UUACCCUGGACUCGUGGCAGACCCUGCCCCUCUCUUCAGUGGUUGUGGAUCCAUCCAUCAGGGACUUUGAUGUUGCCCACAUCAGCACUACAGCCACCAAAAGCUUCUCUGUGGCCUGGGACUUCUGCUUAUGGGAAUGUUCCCGUCACCAUGCCUGUCUUGUCACCACGCUGAAGACCCAGCCUGGAGUUGUGAGGUGUGUGUUCUACCCUGACACCCAGAGCUGCACACAUAGUCUACAGAGCCAGACCUGCCAGCUUUUGCUCCGUGAAGAGGCUACGUACAUCUACCGGAAGCCUGGCAUCUCUCUGUUCUGCUCUGAGGCAACAUCCACACCUUCUGUGCCCAUCGACCCCCUUGGCCAUCUGCAGGGUGGGUCCCAGAUCGUCCAGGUGGGCACUUCAUGGAAGCAGGUGUACCAGUUCCUCGGAGUUCCCUAUGCUGCCCCACCUUUAGCAGACAACCGCUUCCGGGCACCAGAACCCUUGAACUGGACAGGCUCCUGGGAUGCCACCAAGUCAAGAGCCAGCUGCUGGCAGCCAGGCACCCGCACACCCACGCCUCCCCAAAUCAGUGAAGACUGCUUGUAUCUCAACGUGUUUGUCCCUGAGGACCUGGCCCCCAAUGCAUCAGUACUGGUGUUCUUCCACAAUACCAUGGAGAUGGAAGGCAGUGGAGGACUGCUGACUAUUGAUGGCUCCUUCCUGGCUGCAGUUGGCAACCUCAUUGUGGUCACUGCCAACUACCGAGUGGGAAUCUUUGGCUUCCUGAGUUCAGGCUCCAGUGAGGUGGCUGGAAACUGGGGGCUGCUGGACCAGGUGGCAGCUUUAACCUGGGUGCAAACCCACAUCAGAGAAUUUGGUGGGGACCCUCGGCGUGUGACACUGGCAGCAGACCGCAGUGGGGCUGAUGUGGCCGGAAUCCACCUUCUCAACACCAAGGCUGCCAGACGCCGUCUCUUCCGGAGGGCUCUGCUCAUGGGAGGCUCUGCACUGUCCCCUACUGCAGUCAUCAGCCCUGAGAGGGCUCAACAGCAAGCAGUGGCUUUGGCGAAGGAGGUCGGCUGCCCCACCUCAUCCAGCCAGGAAGUGUUGUUCUGCCUUCGCCAGAAACCUGCCAACAUCCUCAACGAUGCUCAAACCAAGCUCCUGGCCGUGAGUGGCCCUUUCCACUACUGGGGCCCGGUCGUUGAUGGCCAGUACCUCCUUGAAGCUCCAGCCAGAGCACAGCGGAGGCCUCUGCCAGUGAAGGUGGAUCUGCUCAUAGGGGGUUCCCAGGAUGAUGGUCUCAUCAAUAGGGCCAAGGCUGUGAAGAAAUUUGAGGAGAGCCAAGGUCGAACCAACAGCAAAACAGCCUUUUACCAGGCACUGCAGAACUCCCUGGGUGGCGAGGACUCCGACGCCCGUGUCCUCACUGCUGCCACAUGGUAUUACUCCCUAGAGCACUCCACAGAUGACUACGCCUCCUUCUCCCGGGCACUGGAGAAUGCCACCCGGGACUACUUCAUCAUCUGUCCCAUAAUCAACAUGGCCAGAUUCUGGGCAAGGAGGACCCGAGGAAGCAUCUUCAUGUACCACACCCCAGAGAGCUAUGGCCAUGACAGUCUGGAACUUCUGGCAGAUGUACAGUAUGCUUUUGGACUACCCUUCUACGCUGCCUACGAGGGCCAGUUCUCAGCCGAGGAGAAGAGCCUGUCGCUGAAAGUCAUGCAGUACUUCUCCAACUUCAUCCGAUCUGGAAAUCCCAACUACCCACAUGAGUUCUCAAGAAAAGCACCCGAGUUUGCAGUACCCUGGGCUGACUUUGUCCCUGGAGCAGGAGGAGAGAGCUACAAGGAGUUCAGUGUUCGGCUUCCCAACCGUCAGGGCCUGAAACAAGCUGACUGCUCCUUCUGGUCCAAGUACAUCCAGGCUCUGAAGGCAACAGAUGGAGCCAAAGACACACAGUUGACAGAGAGUCAAGAGGAAGUCUUAGCAGUGGGGUCUGAGCUAGAAGAAGACCUCUCCGGCCCCAUGGAGCCUGGCCCCAAGAGCUACAGCAAGUGACCAGCCCUGAGAUCUCCCACCCACCCUUCCAACCCCACCCUAUACUGCCCACCAUGGUGACCUCACUGUAUACAAUAGCCGUUUUCGUUCAAUAAAAUGUCUGCA